AUGGCCCAAGAAAACAACAUAUCCCCCGAUACAGAUCCCAACUUCUCCACCCCCUCGUUCUCACUCUCAUCCUCGUCAUCGACAGAACACGCCUCCGAACCAACCUGGCGACCAGCCCGACCACCACCACCAGCAGCCCCCAUGGUCACCAAAUCAUCUCCCGGCCUCGAUCUAUCCAAUUACCCGGGCGGCAAAAAGUCUCUAGCGGGGAUCUCCCUCCGUGCAUUCCUCAUCGGCACGACGCUCGGCAUCUCCAUUUCCCUUGUCCUCAUUCUACGCUGCAUCUCCUCGACUCCGCUCUGGCGCUUACCGUUUUUCCUCGCCUCGUUGUGUCUCUUCCAUUUCCUCGAAUACUACGUCACAGCUGCAUACAAUACCCGGUCUGCGUCUAUAUCUGCCUUCCUGCUUUCUUCCAAUGGCUGGGCGUAUAAUCUGGCGCAUAUAUCCGCUGCGGUGGAGUGUCUUCUCGGGUAUCUUUUCUGGCCGCGGGAGAGUUAUUUCGAAUGGACGGGUCCCAUACACGGUGUCAAGGUGCAGCUCGUGCUGGGUAUUCUUCUGAUGGUUGUGGGACAGACAACGCGGACGCUGGCCAUGGUGCAGGCGGGUAGUAAUUUCAAUCACACGGUGCAGGUCGAGCGGAAGGAAGGUCAUACUCUGGUCACGCAUGGGGUGUAUGCGAUUCUACGUCAUCCAAGUUACUUUGGUUUUUUUUGGUGGAGCCUAGGGACCCAGCUGCUGCUGGGUAAUGUGGUUUGUUUUCUGGGGUAUUUGGCCGUCUUAUGGAAUUUUUUUAAUAAACGGAUCUUGAGGGAGGAACGGUUUUUGGUCGCUUUCUUUGGCGAGGAGUAUGUCGGGUACAGGAGCAGGUCGUCCGUAGGAAUCCCUGGCAUCCGCUGA